UUUCCACCUCAAAUGCCUUCGUACCAUCAUGAAGAUCAGAUGGUCUGAUCGAGUGCGCAAUACCGAGGUGCUACGCCAACUUCGAUGGUGUGGUCACGUAUCACGUAUGACGGAGGAGAGAGUGGCGAAGCGCAUCUUCUACUCUGAACUUGAGGAGGGUAAGCGGAAACAUGGCGGUCAACUCCUCAGGUACAAAGAUGUACAGAAGCGGCACAUGAAAAGAUGCAACAUUGAGCCCUCUCAGUGGGAAGGUUUGGCAGCACAGCGUCCAGAAUGGCGGGAGAUUGUGAAAAGGCAAGUCCACGAGUUCGAGGUGCAGCGUACGACUGAACUCGACGCGAAGCGCGAUGACUUGAAGGCCCGUCCAUCUCCGGUUUUGUCUGCACCACAGACCGCAGGCACACUUAUGGAACCGGAUCCAAAGUGGGCCAAGGUGAGGCGUGCAUUUACCUGA